CUCGGCCUCCAGAACCCGAACUCACCUCACCACCAAGGCUCCACCUUCCUCCUCCUCCGGUCCUCCGCCGCCACCGAAGCAGCGACAGCCAGCUAGAGAAGCAGCAGCACCUACUCCUCUACUCAGAAUGGCCUCUGCCUUCUUCUUCGACGCCGAGCCGCUCUGCGAGCCCAGCGCGCCGGCGCUGGACGUGUGCGCGCUCUGCGCCAAGCCGCUGGGCCGCGACAGCGACAUCUUCAUGUACAUGGGGGACACGCCCUUCUGCAGCGAGGAGUGCCGCCACGAGCAGAUGCAGCUAGACGCCAUGCGCGCCAGGCAGGCCGCCAGGUCCGCCGCCCGGAGGCAGCAGCAGCAGUACUCGGGCAGGGCGGAGUCGUCGCGCCACCACGAGUCCAGUAAGGUGUCCGUGGCGACCUGAAUGAACCUGCAAAGCCCGGAACAUCUUCCGCUAGCUUCUGUGUUGUUGGCAAGUUUUCUGCACCUGAAGAUCAGUCGAUGGAGCCGAUGGGAUAAAGGAGUUCGGUUUCCCCGUCUCCGUAGCCCGGCCGCCGGAGCAGUGCGCCGCUGCCCAUCGGCGCCGGAGAGCGAAGAACCUUGGGAUCUGGGGGAGGAAGUUCAUCGGAUCAGCUUGCUUGUGGCUUUGGCCUUCUGAGCCGCCCACUAGGCACCACAACCCCCUUUUCCACGCUCUCAAGUUUGGCUCAUCGGGUGUGCGCGAGUGUUUUUUCAGCUUUCAUUGUACACCACUUUGAUCCUUCUGUAAAUCCAAUGCAUUUGGGAAUCUUGUUUCCAUAUUUGAGCAAAUUUUGAGGAAAAGCAUUUGCCUUGCCUGAAA